GUCACGUGGCACGUCUGGUCACAUGAUCGGGGAAGUUCGGAGAGUCGGGGCAGCACCAACGGAAACUUUCGAAACACUUGUAACUCAGUCUUGACGGGAAAAGCAGAGCAGACACCUAUUCUCCAGUAGUGAGUUAGACCUAAAUCUGUGGUAGAUAUAAAAUAAUUGGCAGCUCAUUCUUGCUUUAUUUAGCUGAGGGGCGCUUUCGAGAUGAAGGCUGCCUUGGCUCUGCUGUGCGCCCUUCUGCUUCGGACGGAAAGGGCGCUUUGCGAUACUCCCGCAAACUGCACCUACGACGAUCUGGUGGGUACCUGGGUUUUCCAGGUGUCCAAGGGCGGCCAGGACCGAAGCAUUAACUGCACCGACAUGGGUCCCGCCGUGAAAACCGUUACCGUGCACCUCCAGAAGCUGUCGGUGGCCACCGACGAUCUGGGAAAUCAGGGCUUCUUCACGCUGAUUUACAACCAGGGCUUCGAAGUUGUCUUGUCAGACUACAAAUGGUUCGGUUUUUUCAAGUAUAAGCAGGACGGUAGAAACGUCACCAGCUACUGUGACCAGACUUUGCCUGGGUGGGUCCACGAUGUCCUGGGCCAUAACUGGGCCUGCUUUGUUGGGAAGAAGGUGUCGGCCAUCCCUGCGAGGACGUCCGAGGGCGGUAACCCAAGUUUUCGGCAAAGGCAGCUCUUCCAGCAGGCGUACAAGCCGAGCGCCGAUUUGGUGAACACCAUCAAUGCCAUGCAGACAUCCUGGAAGGCUGCCGUGUACAAGGAACACGAGCUGCUCACCUUCGAGGAGCUCUUCCGGAGAGCGGGGGGGCGCGGCUCCCGUAUCCAGCGGCGCGUGAAGCCGGCCCCGGUGACUGCUGAAGUCUCCAAGCUCGCCGGCAGCCUGCCCCUGCACUGGGACUGGAGGGAUGUCAAUGGGGUCAAUUACGUCAGUCCAGUGCGAAACCAAGGUGGGUGUGGGAGCUGCUACUCCUUUGCCACCAUGGGCAUGCUGGAGGCGCGUAUCCGCAUCCUGACCAACAACACGCAGCAGCCCACCUUCAGCCCCCAGGGCGUGGUCUCCUGCUCCCAGUACUCCCAAGGCUGCGACGGGGGCUUCCCGUACCUCAUCGGGAAGCACGCGCAGGACUUCGGCGUGGUGGAGGAGGACUGCUUUCCCUACGUGGGGAAGGACACGGCCUGCACUGUGAAGGACAGCUGCCCGCGGUACUACGCCUCCGACUACCAUUACGUGGGCGGCUUCUACGGAGCCUGCAACGAAGCCACCAUGAUGCUGGAGCUGGUGCGAGACGGGCCCAUGGGCGUGGCCUUCGAGGUCUACCCAGACUUCAUGGCGUACCGUGGGGGCAUCUACCACCACACCUUUGUGACGGGCAGCUUUAACCCCUUUGAGUUGACCAACCAUGCCGUCCUGCUGGUGGGCUACGGUACCUGCCCCAAGUCAGGCCAGAAGUACUGGAUUGUGAAGAACAGCUGGGGAGCUGGCUGGGGCGAGGACGGGUACUUCCGGAUCCGCCGGGGUUCUGACGAAUGUAGCAUUGAGAGCAUCGCUGUGGCAGCGAAACCCAUCCCCAGUCUGUAGGAGGCGCCAUUCCUCCAGUUCGGUACCAAGCUUCAUAAUUGAUGAUUUUUUUGAAUGAAAAUUCUGCUUAAGGCAGAUUUUUAAAGGGAAUUAAGCACCUUUGGAAUAUUAAUGAGGACAUAGAUUGUCCCUUGGUAAUGUUUGAAUGUGGAAAUUUUAAUGCAUUUGUUUUGAAAAGUAACUUAGGAACAAUUUUUCUGUGCCAGUUUGCACUUGCUAUUGUUGGAACAUCAACCCAGAAAUAUUGGCUUCAAACCACUGUAAACUAAAAAGCCACCGUGUGGGGAAAAAGUGUCUUAACUGAAGGCAGUUGGGAUGCAUUUUCAUUAAAUAUUGAUUAAAUAUCAGGAAGGAACUCUAUAAAACAAUCUUUGCAAUGGGACAGUGGAGAAUAACCUGAUGUUUGGUUUUUAUCUUAUUUGGGGAGAGUAUUGGCAUAUCUGAAAAGGGAAGAUGUGUUUUUAUACAGUAUAAACAGGAUAACAUUUUUGCGUCGAAGAAUCAUCUGUUUUAAAUUUUGUGAAAUCUCUGCUGUAAAAGAUUCGCGCGCGGUUAAUCGGAAACAUUUACGUUGAAUUGUUUGCUUUGUCUCCUGGGGGAAAAAUAAAGAUGCUUUUUAAGCUCA